GAUCCAGUAAACUGCGCCGCGGACGCGCUGGUUCCUGCUGCUGCAUCCUGCCAUGGGCCGCGGCUCGGUCCGGAGAUAAACAGAGACUUUCUCUGACUGGCACCAGUCAUGAGACCUCAAUGGACUUGGUUCCCUGGGGCGCACUGCCAGGACAGAAAACCCCCUGGUGCGGACCGGGAGAGGGAGAAGCGCUGGGCUGAGCUGUUUGAUCAACUGGACGUCAACAAAGAUGGACACAUCGACAUCCUCGAACUGCGGACAGGGCUGGCAGGCAGAGGGCUUUCCAAAGGCACUCUGGAGAGGAUCGUGGAGGCCGGCGACACCAACAAGGAUGGAGUGCUGGACUUUGAAGAGUUCAUGCAGUUUCUUCGCACCCAUGAAAAACAGCUCAAACUCAUGUUUAGAAGACUGGACAGGAACAAUGACGGUCAGAUUGAUGCAGCAGAGAUCCAGCACUCUUUACGCACCAUUGGUGUGGACGUUAGUCUUGAGGAUGCCACCAAGAUUUUGCAAAGAAUGGAUAAAGACGGCACCAUGACCAUUGACUGGACUGAGUGGCGAGAGUACUUCCUGUUUAGACCUCUCAAUGAUAUGGAGGAUGUAGCGCGCUACUGGAAACGCUCAGUGAUGUUGGAUAUAGGUGAGCAGCUGACAGUCCCAGAUGAAUUUUCUGAGGAGGAGAAGAAGUCAGGCUACGUGUGGCGGCAGCUGAUGGCUGGAGCCAUGGCUGGAUCUGUAGCUCGGACUGGGACUGCCCCGUUAGACCGCCUCAAAGUCUUCCGACAGGUUCAUGGUUUCUCUGAUUUUAAAGGGAAUGUGCUGAGCGGUUUUCAGUACAUGGUGAAAGAAGGCGGACUGCGGUCGCUCUGGAGAGGCAAUGGAAUGAAUGUGCUUAAAAUCGCCCCGGAAACUGCGAUAAAGUUCACAGCUUAUGAACAGAUCAAGAAUGUGAUGCGUAGCAGAGAUCAAACUAGAAAUUUGAGGCUUCAUGAGAGGUUUCUUGCCGGCUCUUUGGCUGGAGCUACAGCUCAGACAGCCAUCUACCCAAUGGAGGUGCUGAAGACCCGUCUUACACUAAGAAAAACAGGCCAAUACUCAGGAAUAGCAGACUGUGCCAAACAGAUCCUACAGAGAGAAGGUGUCACAGCCUUUUACAAGGGCUAUGUACCCAACCUGCUGAGUAUUGUCCCUUAUGCCGGCAUCGAUCUGGCUGUUUAUGAGACUCUGAAGUUUUCCUGGCUGAACAGGAACACAGGUUUAGCUGACCCAGGGGUCAUGGUGCUGGUUGGCUGCGGGGCCGUUUCUAGCACCUGUGGACAGCUUGCAAGUUAUCCUCUGGCACUGAUCCGGACUCGAAUGCAGGCGCAAGCCUCAGUGAAAGGAGCCCCUAAACCUUCCAUGCUGGCUUUACUUCACAACAUUGUGACCCAAGAGGGUGUGGCCGGACUUUAUCGAGGGAUUUCCCCCAACCUGCUGAAAGUCAUCCCUGCCGUCAGCGUGUCCUACGUUGUCUACGAAUACACGAGAAUAUGCCUGGGAGUGGAAAUUGAGGGUAGGAGGGGUGGGAAAGGGAAAGGGUAGAAAACAGGUGUGAUGGUUUGGGCUGGCUUUUGACUACAAGCACGUGCAGAUCAGUUGUCAGUGCAUGAGGAAACGGGCCUUGACUGUGGAUGAAUACAUGGUUGUGUCAUCACAACUCUUGAGUUUUCAAGGUGGAAAGUAAGCCAUGGACGGAAAAGGGAAAACCAACAGAUCAUCGUUAUACACAAUCUGUUGUGAAAGCCUCUUACUCGAAGGACCUCACAUGAUCGGGCAGCUGCUGUGAUGAGUUUCAUGUGUGAUUUAUUGCAUUGCAGUGCAUGCCAGCAGUUGUGUGAAAGCUAAUCCACUGGCGUGCUGCUACUGCUGCAAACUUGCAUGAACUUGACGGACAACGAUAUGAUUAAAGGUGCAACCAAACAUUGAAGCAAUAUUACAUUCCUGCAGCAUUAUUUUUUUCUCUUAGGUGGUAUUUAGAGAAGAUACAGGAUUGACAGGAGGGCCAAUCCAAUCUUCUGUUUUGUAAAUGAGAGGAACCUGAAGUUGCUGCAGACCGGUGGAGUUACAGAGAACGGAUUUUGAAUGGUGAAAUGUAAUCCCUAUUUAAUCUUGGAAUGGACCAUUUCCAUUUGCAGAGCAUUUCUCUGCAUUCUGUUUGUUUAUUUUUCAACUAUUAAAGUUGUACAGUGUGUUUAUAAGUAAUAUUAAAAGUUAUGACUAUGAUGUUACCUGACGUCUCCUCACUUUCAGCAAGUCAGUGUUCGCCCGUUUUGAGAUGAAAUUCACUGCAGUACUUAUCAAAUUAGAAUUGUCAGUAUAAUUAUCAGUACACCAUGACUGCAAAUGUAGAUCUACUGUACUUGUCCUGUAUUACCUCAGUAAAAUCCUUGUGUGGCUGCAUGCUCUAAACUCAGAUGCCAAUAAAUGUAAAACGAAUGUUUCUGCAA